GAUCACCGAUCCACGGAACGAGCCGAAGAUGUCGACUCGGUCAUGUGAUCAGCUGUUGCCAGCUCUAAGUGCUCAUCCAUGCCACCUGCCAGUGCCUGUCAGUGCCACAUCAAUGCCACAUAUCAGUGCCUACCAGUGCACAUCAAUGCCACAUAUCAGUGCCCAUCUGAGCUGCUUUUCAGUGUCACCCAUCAGUGCCAGUCAGUGCCACCUAUCAAUGCCAAUCAGUGUCACCUAUCAGUGCUGCCAAUCAGUGCCACCUAUCAGUGCCAGUCAGUGCUGCCUAUCAGUGUCAGUCAGUGCCACCUAACAGUGCCAGUCAGUGCCGCCUAUCAGUGUGCCUCAGUGCUGCCUAACAGUGCCAGUCAGUGCCGCCUAUUAGUGCCACCUAUCAGUGCUGCCUAUCAGUGCCAUAUAUCAGUGCUGCCUUUCAGUGCCCAUCCGUGAUGUCUGUCAGUGCCCAUCAGUGCCCUACCAGUGCCUCCACAUCAGUACCCAUCAGUGCCACCUAUCAGUGUCCAUCAGUCCAGCUUAUCAGUGCCCAUCACUGCAGCCUCAUUAGCGCACAUCAGUGAUGGAGAAAAAUCAAUUAUUUACAAAAUUAUAUAACAAAAAAACUAAGAAAAAAAUUUUUUUUUCAAAAUUUUCAGUGGUUUUUGGUUUGUUUAAGAAAAAAUAA